GUGAGCAGCGCCCUGGGGCUCGUCCUGUAUCUCAACACCCUCGGCGCGGAUUUCUGCUACGAUGACAGCCGAGCUAUCAAGACAAACCAGGAUCUUCUUCCUGAAACACCAUGGACUCAAAUAUUCUACAAUGACUUUUGGGGCACCCUCCUUACCCACAGUGGGAGCCAUAAAUCAUACCGACCUCUCUGCACACUUUCUUUUCGUAUUAACCAUGCUAUUGGAGGAAUGGAUCCUUGGAGCUACCACCUUGUAAAUGUCUUGUUACAUGCUGCAGUCACAGGACUUUUCACCAAUUUUUCCAGAAUAUUGUUUGGUGAUGGUUAUUGGACCUUACUUGCUGGCCUGCUCUUUGCUUCCCAUCCCAUCCAUACUGAAGCAGUGGCAGGAAUUGUAGGAAGAGCUGAUAUUGGAGCUUGCCUUUUCUUCCUCCUCUCCCUACUGUGUUAUACUAAGCACUGCUGGACAAGAAGCUACUCAGAAGGUACCUGGGGCUGGAUCUUGGGUGCAGGGCUAUGUGCCACUUGCAGCAUGCUUUGGAAGGAGCAAGGAGUGACUGUUCUAGCUGUUUCAGCAGUUUAUGAUGUCUUUGUAUUUCACAAACUAAAAAUGCACCAAAUCAUUCCUGCUCUCUAUAAGAGGAAGAAUUUAUCCUUUCUUUUGAGUAUUGUUUUAUUGAUCUUCUGGGGAGCCUUGCUGCUAGGACUUCGCUUCUACUGGAUGGGGAACAAACCUCCCAGCUUCUCCAAUUCCGACAACCCAGCAGCAGACUCGGACAGUUUUCUAACACGAACUCUGACCUUUUUUUUCUUGCCAACCAAAAACCUUUGGCUGUUGCUGUGCCCAGAUACCCUUAGCUUUGACUGGUCUAUGGAUGCUGUGCCUCUUCUCAAAACAGUCUCUGACUGGAGGAACCUACACACAGUGGCCUUUUAUUCUGGACUUUUCCUCCUCGCUUACUCUAGUUUGAAAAACUCCAGCAAAGAGGGAGAAUGCAAUGGGAAAAGUGUAACAAACGGGAAGCCAAAUGCCAAUGGUCAUAACUACCUUUCGGAAUUGGAAUAUAAAAGUAUGGAGUUGAAAUGCAGCUUUGUCUUUAAAGAAGAAAAUGGCAUUAACAGGCACUUGCCUCAAAGACUGCAACUUCCCUCAACUGAGCAGAUUGUAGUUCUGUCUUUAUCUUUAUUAAUUGUUCCUUUUAUCCCUGCCACAAACUUGUUUUUUUAUGUAGGCUUUGUAAUAGCAGAGCGUGUAUUGUAUAUACCUAGUAUGGGCUUCUGCCUGCUGAUCACUGUGGGCACCCGGGCCCUCUAUGUCAAAGCCCAAAAGCGCUUUUUGAAGAACUUGAUUCUUUUGACCACUGCUGCAUUAAUCUUUUUCUAUGGACUCAAGACAUUUGUCAGGAACGGGGACUGGCAGAAUGAAGAGAUGCUGUAUAAGUCAGGGAUAAAAGUAAAUCCAGCUAAAGCAUGGGGUAACCUUGGAAAUGUUCUGAAGAGCCAGAGCAAAAUUUCAGAAGCUGAGAGUGCCUACAGAAAUGCCUUGUACUACCGCAGCAACAUGGCUGAUAUGCUUUAUAAUUUAGGAUUGCUCCUUCAGGAAAACAGCAGGUUUUCAGAAGCAUUACAUUACUAUAAAUUGGCCAUUGGAAGCAGGCCUACUUUAGCAUCUGCCUACUUAAACACUGGUAUCAUCUUAAUGAACCAAGGCAAGGCCGAGGAAGCCAAGAAGACAUUCUUGAAGUGUUCAGAAAUUCCUGAUGAAAACUUAAAAGAUCCUCAUGCUCAUAAAAGCUCUGUUACCAGCUGCCUUUAUAAUUUGGGAAAACUCUACCAUGAACAGGGACAGUAUGAGGAUGCCCUCACAGUUUACAAAGAAGCAAUACAAAAAAUGCCAAGGCAGUUUGCACCACAGAGCUUAUAUAAUAUGAUGGGAGAAGCCUACAUGAGACUCAGCAGAUUACUAGAAGCAGAACAUUGGUAUGUUGAAUCACUGCGUUCCAAAACAGACCACAUCCCAGCUCAUCUCACUUAUGGGAAACUCCUGGCUUUAACUGGUCGUAAAAGUGAGGCAGAGAAAUAUUUCUUAAAGGCAAUUCAGCUGGAUCCAACAAAAGGGAACUGCUACAUGCAUUAUGGCCAAUUUCUUCUGGAAGAAUCUCGUCUGAUAGAAGCAGCAGAGAUGGCAAAGAAAGCAGCUGAGCUGGAUAACACAGAAUUUGACGUUGUGUUCAAUGCAGCGCAUAUGCUAAGACAAGCUAGCCUCAAUGAAGCAGCUGAGAAGUACUACAAAAGGGCAGCUGACCUGAGACCUAAUUAUCCAGCUGCCUUGAUGAAUCUGGGGGCAAUUCUUCACCUCAACGGCAAACUCUUAGAGGCUGAAUCAAACUAUCUCCGUGCUCUUCAAUUUAAGCCAGAUGAUGUCAUCACACAGUCAAAUCUACGCAAACUCUGGAACAUUAUGGAAAAGCAAGGCUUGAGGACAUCCAAAACAUGACAUGGUCUAGCAUGAUCCUUGAAACUUUUUUGGGAUGAGGCUAAGUGUGGACAAAGUGAAAUCCAGGACAACUUCAAGGGUGCUGUUAUGUUCAGUGCUCUUGUUGAACUGCACUGCAGUUAUCCAAGGUUGUAAUUGCUGCUAGAAGAACCUCCAGGGCUGCUUUGUGGUGUGACAUUUUGACAAUGAGAGGGAAGUGGAAACUCUCUUAGGAACUUCAUGAAGGACUUGGUGGUUUCUGCCACAAACAUAGAAGUGAAAUAGAUUUGAAACUGGAGCACUUGAAAGAAGCCCUUCUAGCCUAUUCACCAGGUCAUCCUAGUCAUAUUUUCAUUGCUCAUUUUCAUGUGGUUUCUAAUAGAAAAUCAUGCUGGCCUAAAUAAUAUGCAUCCAGUCAACAUGGGGAUUUAUAAAAGGAUCAAGACUGGCUUAAGUUAUUUUCUGAGGCUGUGCUUCAUUAAAAUGUGUACUAAAACCCAAUGUGUUUGCAGUUUGUCUUAAUAUUGUUUAACUCCUUAGGGCUGCUUAUCUGUUUAUGCACAAGCACAACCAUAGGAAAAAGAUUGGAAAGAUGUGACACCAUUUGCUGGAGAAAUACAUAUUUUGUGGAAAACAUUGUUUGGUGAAAUUAACAUGAAACCUGUUGCCUGGCUGAAGUUUAGCAGUUGUAAGUGAAAUGAGCAAGGACAGUGAACAGCACCAUGUAAGGUAGCAUCACACACAACAAAGGUGUGCCCAAGCAUGAAAAAUUAAACUAGGCUUGUAGAUGGCCACGUUGUCGGCCUUGUUCAUGUUUAAAGUUGGAAUAGUUUAAUUUUUACAACAAAGGAUAUUCACUGAUGAGGAAAAAUUGACUAUUCUCUCCCAUACUUGAUGUAAUCAUGCUUCAUUGUUUCAGGCAUGUUUGUAUGAGCUCAACACACUUCUGGGUUCUGACUCAUGCUGGGAAUAAAGUAUUCAAGCUGGUGAAGUGGAGAGAUGUAAAGUGAGGAGACUCUUCUGCUUCCUGCAUUAGCAUGUAUCUCUUGAUUUAAAGCUGAACAAUUUGACCACUUGCACCACAUUUUCAUUAAGCGCAUAAAUGACAAACAUGUGUUGGUUGGUAGUACGUUGAAAAUAGAAGAUAAUGUAGUACAGGGAAAUCUAAUAUAGGCAUUAGAAAGUAAGCAGAUAACUGUAUCAUGGUUGCAUUUAUCUGUAGUGUGGAUCCUUGAAGAUAUAGCAGAGCAUAACAUGCACAGGGCAGUUGUACAGCAGAGUGAAGCUGCUCCACAGCUACUCCAUGUACGGUUGUUGUUUCUGCUAAAAUGUAAUGCUAAAAUAUUAACUAUAUCUCUGCCUCCAGAUCUGCUGCAUGUUAUUGGAACCAUUUGAGGAGGUGUGCACAUGUAUUUGAAUGGCUAGUUCAACAAGCUUCAUCAGCCAUUUCUGAGAAUGGAAACAUUUUGCUACAGGCAGCAAGACACUGGAAGGGUUUAAUGCUUUUAGCAUCUCGUGAACUCACAGGGUGUUAGACCAAAAGGGAUUAUGUGGCUGACAGUGUUUGCCAAUUAUUUUUGCAUACAUUUACCAUUUUUACAUACAGAAAAACAUUGGUAGAGUAUCUAACCCAAUGCUGCAGCUCAAUUUCUUACUGUCAGUAAAGCAGCAGCAUUGUUUAAAAUUAAGAUUUUCAACCUAUUGGUAUAAUUCUUAUGAUUUAAAAAAAUGUAUUUUAUGAAAAAUGUUAAGACCUCACUAUGUGCUCUUUCAAGUUCUUUACUAAUUCCUUAUAUUGGACUAGCAGAUUGCUCUUUAAAAAUAAGGUAGCUUCCUCUGUUCCAGCAUUCAAUUUGAAAUUAGCAAGCAUAAACAUAGACUAGGUUCCAAAGAGUUACUUAGGGAUUUCUAAGGGGUUGCCAAUAUCCAGGAGAAUCCCUUUUCUCAAUGCUUAUCACAGACUGCUAUUAAAACUCUGAACCAGAAAGCAUUUCCAUUACAAUGGGGUAAGGAGAGACAAUGUUCCUAUCAGAGAAAUGCACAGCUAGUCAUGUGGUUCUUUGCAUCUUGGCCUUAUGUCAUACAGCAUCCCUUGAACUGAAAAACAAUGCCUUGUAUUAAAAAGUGUAUGUUCCAUUCCUGUUUAUUUCUGGAUUAAUGCAUUGUUGAGCCUCUUUAUUUUCCAACUGCAACAAAACUGCAACAAAAACAAAGAGGAAAACCCUAUUUUUAAAAAAAUUAAAAAGUCAUCCUUAGCUAGUGUUUCACAACUAUUGCUAGCUUUAUAGUUUGCUUUUCACACUGUACUUUUAAAUGUGUAAGAUGUGUAUUGGUGCGUAGAGAUAAAUGGGAACACAUAUAUUCUGUGCUUUUUAGACACACCAGCUUUCUUAAUGUAUAGAUGUUGAGGAACCUUGGGGCAUCGCUCCUGAUGUAACCACAACUUAUAUCACAAUGCUUCAUAGUCAAAAAGCUUGUUUUGUACAUUAGAAGCACCAUUUCCCAUCAAUCAUUGGUCAUUAUUUGUACCAUCCAUUAAUUUUUACCCUCUUAUAUACUCCUCUUACAUUAUUUUUAACCUUGCUUGGUUUGGUGCAUUUUGGAUGUUGACCAAGCUGCAACCCAAAUUAUUUUGGAGUAUAGGAGGAACUAAAAAUAUGAAAUUUUAAAAUUCAGCCUUUACAGUGCAAAAGGUUACAGCAUAUGUUAACUUGAAUCUAUUUAAAACACAAACUAUUUCUGGUAUUUUACGCCAUAAUAUUUUUUCCACUCUCUGUAAAAAAUAAAUACUGUUUUAACCUCUAUGAGUGAAUUAAAAUACAAUCAUAUGCAUGUUUACUCAGAGGUCAAGUCCCAUAGCAUUCAAUGGGUUUUACUCCCCUUUAAAGCAUGUAUGGGAUUGCAGCCUAAAAUAUACAACUGAAGCAUGCUGAAACAUGUUCAUUCUAGCUACAGACUAUGCUGCAACGUCUUAAUGUAAUAUUUCACUGCUUUGUUAGCUUCUGCCUUUCUUCUUGUGUUUUGUUUUCAUCAAUUUUUAAAUUCAUUGCACAACAGUAAUUCACAGUGUUAUGGUAGUAUUGACUGGCUUAUUUCGAAAAUGGCAAGUGAAAAUUUUAAAAUGAAAAAGAAGACUGCUCCAUGUUCCUCCAUACAUUUUCACUAAAAGCAUUGGGCUUUAUAACUUUCAGUUUUGGAGUAAGUUUAAAAUGUCUGUGCUCAGGGAUUUGUGGUGGAUAUUGCAGACAGUGCUUAAAAAAAUUAAAAGCACAAGUUUACUAAAUUAAAUUUUUAUUUUUUGGAAAAAAAUGUUAUUUGUAUAAAUUAUCAAGAUUUGUAGGCUUUCCUUUUUUUGUAGAAAUAAUUGUUUAUGUGCCAGAUAAGA